GCAGCGUCGCUGAGCGCGGUGGGCGUGUCGACGUGCUGACGUCACGCGUCAGGUGCCCUUGCGCCAGGAAGUGACUGUAUCUGGACGCGAAAAGAAACAAAACGAGCGGAUUUAACGAUGAGUUCAAUAAUCCCAGAAACACUGAGCAUUAAAGAAGCCGUCGUCCACAUCAACUCCAUCGACAGCAGCAAGUUCUCCAGACUUCUGUCCCGCAUUCUGCAGAAGCUCCACCUGAAGGAGGAGCGCUCCUUCAGUGAGGAGGAGGAGGAGAAGCUCCAGAGCGCUCUAUCUCUGGAGAAACAGACUCUGCAGCUGCUGCUGGAAACCCUGUCCUUCAUCCUCGAGCAGGCCGUGUAUCACAACCUGAAGCCGGCGUCUCUCAGACAGCAGCUGGACAACAUCAGCGUCCAGCCGGAGAAAGCCGAGGUGUUCGCUCAGGUUUGGGCUGCCGCUGCUCCAGAUGUGGUGGAGAAGAUCCGACUCGGGAUAUUUGCCCCUAAAAAGCUGGAUCUCGUGGGUUGGCAGCUCGGUCUGCAGAUGGCUUCAUCGGCUCGGAGCAGACUGAAAGCGCCGCAUGCCGUCCUCAAUCUGGGGCUCCGGACGGAGGACGACACCGAGCGUCUGCAGGACGUGUUUGUGGAGUUCAAUCAUCAGGAUCUGCUGGACUUCUACAAUCAGAUGGAGAUGAUUCAGACGCAGCUGGACUCGCUCAGCUGAUGCGGCUCCGUCUGCCGUCGCAUGAUUCCUCCGGUGACGUCUGCGCUUGUUUCUGGAUUGCUGUAUUUCAGACUGAAGCUCUGGAGUGUUUGAGUUUAAUGAACUGAAGCUCCGUCACACGGCUGAUGAUGUUUCAUUAAAGAUGCUUUUGCUCUGAAGCUCCGGCGUCUGGAUUUAUGACUUGAUCGAAGGGUUUGACUUUUUAAAUGCAAGUAAAGAGGGAUACAUUUUAAUAUAAAACAAUAUGGUCUUUAAAUGUAAAUGUGUUGUAUUUUUAGACGCUUCAAAGUUCAAAGAAAAUACAGCUUCCAACAGAUUUUUACUUUUAUUUUUUGUUCUUGUUUUCUGAAAAGGGGAGUUUGUUCAAAACGAGACUUCAUAUCUUCAUUCUGCAUCUUCAGUUAAUGUGUCUUGAUUUAAAACCUUCAGGUUGUGCUCAAAUCCCUAUAAACUUGUGGGCACAAAAAAUAGCUUAUAAAUCUCUUAUAUUGGUAUCAA